UGUUUUGGGGUCCUUCCUCGCAGCUCCGCGCCAGUCGCGCUGCAAUCGCUCGUCGGGAGAGUUUUAAUAUUUGCAGUUUUUGCGGAUUAUCUAUUCAUAUUUCGGUCUCGCUGCUGACUGGCCGUCGGGCUUGUGUUUGUGCCGCAGCAGAGAUGAAUCUGGAGUUGCUCGAGUCGUUCGGGCAGAAUUAUCCAGAGGAGGCUGAUGGCACUCUGGACUGCAUCAGUAUGGCUCUGACCUGCACGUUUAACCGCUGGGGGACGCUGCUCGCUGUCGGCUGCAACGACGGACGCAUCGUCAUCUGGGACUUUCUGACUCGAGGAAUCGCCAAAAUCAUCAGCGCACACAUACACCCCGUCUGCUCGCUCAGCUGGAGCAGAGAUGGACACAAGCUGGUCAGUGCCUCCACGGAUAACAUCGUGUCUCAGUGGGACGUCCUGACGGGAGACUGCGACCAGCGCUUCCGCUUCCCCUCGCCCAUCCUCAAGCUGCAGUACCACCCCAGAGACAUGGACAAGGUUCUGGUGUGUCCCAUGAAGUCUGCGCCGGUCCUGCUCACGCUGUCUGACGCCAAACACGUGGUGCUUCCUGUGGACGAUGACUCCGACCUGAACGUGGUGGCGGCAUUCGACCGACGCGGAGACUACAUCUACACCGGCAAUGCCAAGGGAAAGAUUCUGGUGCUGAACACAAACAAGCAGGACCUCGUGGCGUCGUUCAGAGUGACCACAGGAACCAGCAACACCACCGCCAUCAAAUCCAUCGAGUUCGCACGCAAGGGCAGCUGUUUCCUCAUCAACACAGCGGACCGCAUCAUCCGCGUCUACGACGGCCGCGAGAUCAUGACGUGCGGCAGAGACGGAGAACCUGAGCCCAUGCAGAAGCUGCAGGACCUGGUCAACAGGACUCCGUGGAAGCGCUGCUGUUUCUCCGGUGACGGUGAGUAUAUCGUGGCAGGAUCGGCGCGGCAGCAUGCGCUCUACAUCUGGGAGAAGAGCAUCGGGAACCUGGUGAAGAUCCUCCACGGGACGCGAGGAGAGCUGCUGCUGGACGUCGCCUGGCAUCCGGUGCGUCCGAUCAUCGCCUCCAUCUCCAGCGGCGUGGUGUCCAUCUGGGCUCAGAACCAAGUGGAGAACUGGAGCGCGUUUGCGCCGGACUUUAAAGAGCUGGACGAGAACGUGGAGUACGAGGAGAGAGAAUCUGAGUUUGACAUCGAGGACGAGGACAAGAGCGAGCCGGAGCAGACUGGAUCGAAAGGUAAAGACAAAGACUCUCCGUUCAGACCCAAAGUCUGCUGGGACAGAGCAGAGGGGCUGGGGACGCCAGGAAACCUGGUCUCGGCGAUGUACAAGCAGCAUGAGGUUCAGAGUUUGGACUGAAGCUGAAGGCCUCUGGCGCCCCCUGUCUGUGUGGAUGAAUGACGAUGCUCUUUUAUGGACUCUACGAACUGUACUUGUGUUGCAUUUUUACAGAAGGACCUUACAUCUCAGUGAAGCCCGUCUAAUCAGUUUCCUUGCAUAGAGAGAGUGAUAGGAAGAGGGAAUCAUGUAUUUUUUAUUUAGAGUAGAUGGAUCCGUGUCUGUGUAUAAGCACACAUUUGUUUUGAGUUUUGUUUUUUCUGAGACUGGUCGUGUUUUUUUUUUUUUAUAUGCAUAUUAAACCAGUUUUGUGUUUUGAGAGUGGUGUGCGUGUGUUAA